AUGACCUUCAUUCACAAAGUAACACCACCAACUUUCCAGCACGAGCUGACCUGCAAAACAGAGAAAAGAAACUGGAAUGACAACCAACACAGAAAUAACACGUUUUCAUAUACACGCCCGGACCCCGGCAGCCGCGGCGGCGGCUCGGACCCCGGACCCCGGCAGCCGCGGCGGCGGCUCGGACCCCGGACCCCGGCAGCCGCGGCGGCGGCUCGGACCCCGGACCCCGGCAGCCGCGGCGGCGGCUCGGACCCCGGACCCCGGCAGCCGCGGCGGCGGCUCGGACCCCGGACCCCGGCAGCCGCGGCGGCGGCUCGGACCCCGGACCUCGGCAGCCGCGGCGGCGGCUCGGACCCCGGACCUCGGCAGCCGCGGCGGCGGCUCGGACCCCGGACCCUGGCAGCCGCGGCGGCGGCUCGGACCCGAGAUCCCGGACCCCGGCGGCCGCGGCGUCGACCCGGACCCGAGAUCCCGGACCCCGGCGGCCGCGGCGUCGACCCGGACCCGAGAUCCCGGACCCCGGCGGCCGCGGCGGCGGCCCGGACCCGAGAUCCCGGACCCCGGCGGCCGCGGCGGCAGCUCGGACCCCGGACCCCGGCCGCAACAUGGGGGCGCUCCCGCAGCCUGGGCCGGCAUGCAUCGCCGCUGAGCGCUGGAGCUCCGGGCAGCACCGAGACGGAACCGCGGCACGAAGGGAGUGGUGCUGAGCACAGCGGAGCCGGAGCCGGGAGGGACGGAGAGCAGUACCGGGACAGGGAAGGAAGCCUUGUAGAGUGA